AUGAAGGAGUUUGUAUAUUCUUCCUUUUUCCCAUAUUGGACAGCGUGGGCCAAGUUAAACCAUAGAGCUCGUAUGCUUUACUGGCAACUCAAUGCCAAAGGCUGUGUUGCAGCUGCAGAUGAGAUUGAUAGGGCAAAGGAUGAUUUUCUUUAUCGUAUAGCAAACGAAUCUAAUGGUUCCGGCUUUCGAGAAGCUUGGAAUGCGGCCGUUAAAGCUCUGGAUAAAUGGGAAAAACAAAAUGACUGUACCUAUUGGGAUGAGGCCAAAUCAAAGUACGAUGCCGAAUUGGAAAAGUGGAAAGAGUUUCAACCGAAAGGGGAGGAGUAUGCACUUAUU